GCGAAACCAUUGAUAGGGCGGGAAAUACCCUUCUCGAGAGUUUCAGUUUUGUUUCUCUGAAAGCAGCUUGCUAUCCACAGUAGACGGAACUAGUUCCACAAACGGUGAAGAACCAGGUGGAAGAUGACUUCAGAGGUGUCUAAAUUCGUGGUCCAGACCCUCUGUGACAACCACGGCAGUUUGGACUUCCAAAGCCUCACAGCCACGCUGGAACAGAGGUUGACUGUGGCGGACUCGAUCCUUCGCCAAGUCCUUUCCGAAGAUGGUAAAAUAGUCGUGAUUCCGGGCGUCCUGGCAGUCGCCCGGGGUCAAUUAUUCAGCCGGGACAGCUUGAUAGUGGCCAAAACUGCCCUACGACUUUGUCAGAAGAAACCUGGCGAGUGUACACAAUGCCACAAUUUGCACCUGUGCAAAUUUUACGUUUUGGGGAGCUGCGCGUUUGGGUUCAAGUGUAAACUUCCUCACACAUUGACUUGCCUGCACAAUGCCGAACUGUUGAAGAAACUUGACCUCCAAUACCUGUCAGAAAAACAGCUGUUUCGACUCUUACUGCAAAAUGAUCCCUUCCUGCUUCCUGAGAUAUGCUCACACUACAAUAUGGGCGAGGGCCAGCAAGGUUUUUGCAAGUUUUCUUCAACGUGCUCGAAGCUUCACAUCUGCCUGUCCCAUUUCACCACGGGAGUCUGUAACCGAGGCUCUUCCUGUUCAAGAAUCCAUAAUGUUGACGCGAAGUCACACAAAAGCUUUGAAAAAUUUACUCAGGAGAUGAUUAAGGACCUCCCAAAAGUCUACAAAAAUAAAUGUACCAUCUCAAAUCAACAUAACAAUAUAGCUAGCGCUGCACCUGGGGGUAUAGGGGUUUUGAGAGGUCCUGCUCAGCACCCUUCAAGCAGAAAAGUCGCUCCGUCUGCAGGUGCAACCAAACCCACGACGAGAGAUACCGACCAAAAGGACAUCUGCCUCUUUUUCAUCUCCAAGCGCUGCAGAUAUGCCGCAGAGCAGUGUGUCUAUGACCACUGGCACCUACCUUACAGAUGGCAGGUAUUAGACGGCGAUGGUGUGACCUGGAAAGACUUCACCAAUAUGGAGGAGAUUGAGAAGGCCUACUGUGACCCGGCACAAGAUUCAAGCUGCAGCUCCCCGCCUGUGGACACGCAGGCAGUGAACUUCCUGACUAUGACAUGUAAAGGCUCUAAAGUGCGUCGCCUGUCGACAGCCUCCUCUGUCUCCAAGCCGCCUCACUUUAUCCUGACGACACAGUGGCUCUGGUACUGGCAGGAGGAGACUGGUAAAUGGAACGAGUAUGGCCAGUCUCUUCAGAGCAACGUCAACAAACCAGCAUCCAUCACUUCUGAGUCUCUGGAGAACAUGUACUUAGCGGACCAAACCGUACAGAUUCCUUUCUCUGCUGGCCGACAACAGUAUGUGAUGCACUUUAGCGGUUAUAAAGCAGGAAACCAGCGGAUGUAUCAGCAAAACUUGAAACAUUCAACCAAGCGGGAAGUCAGGAGGAGGCCUCGCUUUGUCUCAGCUUCUGAUGUGGACGUCAAGCGGCAGAGCUCCAGUUCCCUCAAAGCAGAAUGCCCCGCACACUGGGAUGAGAAAGAACUGCCUGACAUCGGAUUCAAGCUCGUGCCUCUUCCCAUACAUACAGAGUAUCAAAGGAUUGCAAAGUUGUUCAAGGCAACAAUGUCAACGAGUACCAUCAAGCGCAUCAGGAGGGUUCAGAAUCCUUUUCUGUGGACGGCCUUUCUGUGUCAGAAAGAGCAGAUGAAGAAGAGGAAUGGAGGCAAUCCUAUCAGCGAGAAGUACUUGUUCCACGGGACAGACGGGACCCUGAUUGAAUCCAUUUGUGAGCAAAAUUUCGACUGGAGGAUUUGUGGCGUCCACGGCACCGCAUUUGGCAAAGGAAGCUACUUUGCGGAAGAAGCCUCGUACGCAAAUCGCUACGCCAAAACCCGGAGCGGCGUGGACCGGAGUAUGUUUGUGGCUCGGGUCCUGGUAGGCGACUACACCCAGGGGCAUCCAACAUUUGUCCGCCCCCCAGCCAAAGGAAUCACCACAAUCCUUUAUGAUAGUUGUGUUGACAACGUGACCAACCCAAAGAUCUUUGUUAUCUUUGAAAAACCUCAGAUUUAUCCCGAGUAUAUCAUCGACUACACCAAGAAGAAAAGAGCAAGUUAGUAGUUUCGAAAAGCUCGACUUGGCAAAUAAUGAAAGGCUAUGUGUGUUUUCAUUUCCAUCUUGGAAUACAAGGAGUGUAUGCCGGGUUGUGACCUAACUGGGUGUCGGAAGCUACCUUUAAUGGUUAAAAAAAAAACAACAACUACAAAUUUAAAUAAUGAGAAGCACUUUAUGUCAGGUAACUCAUCUGACAAAACAUUACUGCAGGAUAAACUGCAAAAUGUAUAAUACCCAGUUUUACGCAAAAUUUGGAAUUUUAUUGGUUCCACCCGACAGGAACUGGAAUUACAAAUCGAAUUAAAGUCAGUGCUUUUCAGAAAUAAUACCUUUGGCCUAGUUUGGCUUAAUAGUAAAACUAUUUUUAUAAACAGUAAAGUGAAACACAAAUUAUCUCCGUUUUUAAUACUUGAUGUAAAGCAUUCUUAAGUAUUUUCCCAAAAUGGUUUGUAUUUUGAAACUAACAAUAUUCAUGACUUUCAGCUUUAUAACCCUAACAUUGGUAAAAAAAAAAGCCUGCUAGUUGUUGAAAUUCUAACAAAAAAACGCAAAAUAACAAUAUCCAUGACAUUAAUGUUAGAAUCACAGAAUGACUAAAACGCUAACACUUAGCAUACUAACAGUUAGCGUAUGUGUGAAAGUAAACCGCUCAGGAAAAGUAUUUUUCAUCGUUUUUACGUAAUUUGAAAGUAACGCUAUCCGUGAUUUUUAGUUAGCAUGCUAAAUGCUUAAUUCAAUUUGUAAUUCCAGGUCCUGUCGGGUGGAACUAAUAAAAUUCCAAAUGCAUGCUAACUGUUGGCAUUCUUGCAGGAUGACGGCAAUUACAAUAUCCAUGACUUUUAGUUGUAUAUCUCCAAAAUUGGCUAAAAUUCCAACACUUAGAAUGCUAACAGUUACGAGAAAGAUAACACCAAGGAACUAUAUCCAUAACCUUUAGUUUAAUAUCUGCAACAUGAAGUUAAAAUGCCAACAUUUAGCAUGUUAGCAGUUAGCAUGCUAGAAAAACUAAUGCCAAAUAACAAUAUAUGUAGACUUUAAUAUUUUAGACAGCAUACUAAAUUAUAAAUACAUUUUAUCUUUUAUACUAAAUUGUCUAAAUGUCAACACUGAAUAUGCUAACAAUUAGCAUGCUGGCAAAACAACAUCUAACAAUAUAUUUAACCUUUAGUUUUAAUAUCGAAAAAACUGUUGGUAACUGCUAACAGUUAAUUUGUUACUAUUUUAACUUUUAAGAUGUUAACUGUUGGCCUUCUAUCAAGCUAAUGCCAAAUAAAACAUAUCGAUGACUUUUAAGAUUUUUUUUUUAUUUACAAAAUUUUAUAACAUGCUAAAAGUUAACAUGAUAGCAUCUUUAGUGUUAGCAUUUAGCUAACAGUUAACAUGAUAGCAUCUUAACUGUUAGCAUGGUAGCACUAAGUACUAACAAAAUGACACCAAGUAGCAAUAUCCAUCACCUUUAGUUUUAUAUCUACAACAUUUAGUUAAAAUGCCAACAUUUAGCAUGUUAACAGUUAGCAUGCUAGCAAAAACAAUGCCAAGUAACAAUAUACGUAGACUUUAAUAUUACCGUAUUUCCUUGAAUUGCCGCCGGGGCGCUAAUUAAUUUAAAACCUCUUCUCACUCCUGCGCUUACCAAAGGUAUGCGGUAAAAGUAAUCAUGCGUUAGAUAUUUUAAAACCUCUUCUCACUCCGGCACUUACCAAAGGAAUGCGGUAAAAAUUUGAGUGUGGUGUAAGCUUGGACCUUAAAUCCUACUGAAUAACUCUUAAUCUUCUUCCCUCUAUGCGAUUUCAAAUUACCGGUAUUGAAAUCAGCCUCCUCCAUUUUGAAAAUGACGACAGGGGAAGUGUCACUUCCCAAAAUAUUUAGCAUGCGCUAAAUAUUUUGGGAAGCAAGUUUGACCCGGCAGUAAUUCAAGGCAAGGGCAUACUGUAUGCCCUGCGGAAAUUCAAGGAAAUAUGGUAUAUACCGUAUACUAAAUUGGCUAAAUGCCAACACUGAGUAUGCUAACAAUUAGCAUGCUGGCCAAACAACAUCUAACAAUAUAUUUGGCUUUUAGUUUUAAUAUCUAAAAAACUGUUUAAACUGUUAACAGUUGAUUUGUUAUUAUGCUAACUGUUAUGUUAAUUGUUGGCCUUCUAUCAAGCUAUUGCCAAGUAAAACAUAUCAAUGACUUUUAGUGUUUUUAUUACUUACAAAAUUGUAUAACGUGCUAACAGUUGACAUGAUAGCAUUUUAACUGUUAGCAUGGUAGCACUAAGUACUAGCAAGAUAACACCAAGUAACAAAAUCCAUCACCUUUAGUUUUAUAUCUACAACAUGAAGUUAAAAUGCCAACAUUUAGCAUGUCAGCAUGGUUAGCAAAAAAUAAUGCAAAGUAACAAUAUACGUAGACUUUAAUAUUUUAUUUAGCAUACUAAAUUGGCUAAAUGCCAACACUGAGUAUGCUAACAAUUAGCAUGCCGGCAAAACAACAUCUAAAAAUAUAUUUGACUUUUAGUAUUAUUAUCCAAAUAACUGUUAAAAAAUGUUUAAACUGCUAACAGUUAAUUUGUUAGCAUGUUAACUGCUAGCCUUCUAUCAAGCUAAUGCCAGGUAAAACAUAUCGAUGACUUUUAGGUUAUUUUUUUUACUUAGAAAAUUGUAUAUCGUGCUAACAGUCAACAUGAUAGCAUCUUUAGUGUUAGCAUUUAGCUGACAGUUAACAUGGUAGCAUCUUAACUGUUAGCAUGGUAGCACUAAGUACUAGCAAGAUAACACCAAGUAGCAGUAUACAUAACCUUUAGUUUUAUAUCUACAUUAGUUGUAGAUAUAAAACAUUUAGCAUGUUAUCAGUUAGCAUGCUAGUAAAAACAAUGCCAAUUAACAAUAUACGUAGAUGUUAAUAUUAUAUACAGCAUACUAAAUUGGCGAAAUCUCAACACUGAGCAUGCUAACAGUUAGCAUGCUGGCAAAAUAACAUCGAACAAUAUAUUUGACUUAGUUUUCCAUCCAUCCAUUUUUCUACCGCUUAUUCCCCUUUGGAGGACGUGGGGGGCACUGGUGCCUAUCUCAGCUACAAUCGGGCGGAAGGCGGGGUGCACCCAGGACAAGUCGCCACCUCAUCGCAGGGCUUGACUUAGUUUUGAUAUCUAAAAAACUGUCUAAACUGCUAACAGUUAAUUUGUUACUUUAUCAAGUAAAACAUAUCGAUUACUUUUAGGUUGUUUGUUUUUUUUACUUAGAAAAUUGUAGAACAUGCUAACAGUGAACAUGAUAGCAUCUUAACUGUUAGCAAAGUAGCACUCAGUACAAAAAGAGUCCCAAAGGUGCUGAUUGAAUUGAGCAUUUUGACUCUGAAGCAGUUGAAUUUUGUGGGAGUAGUUUAUUCUGGAAUACACCGAAAUGAUAAAUUAACAUUUUAAAUUCUACUUACCGUAUUUCCUUGAAUAUAGUAUGCGCCUGCCUUGAAUUACCGCCUGGUCAAACUCGUGACGUCACGUGUGACACUUCCCCUGUCGUCAUUUUCAAAAUGGAGGAGGCUGAUUUCAACACCGGUCAUUUUAAAUUGCAUAAAGGGAAGAAGAUUAAGAGCUAUUCAGUAGGAUUUAAGGUCCAAGCUUACAUCAAACUCAAAUUUUUACUGCAUGCCUUUGGUAAGUGCCGGAGUGAGAAUUGGUUUUAAAAUAAUUAGCGCAUGCUUACUUUUACCGCAUGCCUUUGGUAAGUGCCGGAGUGAGAAUUGGUUUUAAAAUAAUUAGCGCAUGCUUACUUUUACCGCAUGCCUUUGGUAAGCGCAGGAGUGAGAAGAGCUUUUAAAUUGGCGGCAAUUCAAGGAAAUACGGUACUUCAAUUUCCAAUUGCAAUUCUACUUCUUGUUUUCAACCGCAAUUUGAAUUUAUGGGACGGAGAUGUAAAUUAGGAUUUAAUUAGAGAGUUCUGCACUGGUUAGAACCCAGCAGUGAAGCAGGAUGUCGCCGUAAGUCGGAACCUGCUACCAGAUAAUCGCAUACCGUGUGUCACGUAUAAAAACUUGCUGGACAAUUGCUUUCAACACAACAAGCCGGGAGAAGCAUCCCCUCUCAGAUGUUUACAUGUCCCACUCUGAUCCUGGAAUUGCCACAUUUAAAAAACAAAAACAAAAAAAAAAGCCUUUAGUGGCGCUGUAAAAAGUUUUUGAAUUUGUGACUUGGACAAAU